AUGCAACAAGAGCCCCCCAAGAGUUCAACACAGCGCAACCAACCCGACAAAUCCCCAAUCUCCUCACCAUCUUCCCAACAUGGCCUCCUGCACCAUGAUCCCAAUGACCUGCACCGAGUCGGCUCUGAUGGCUCCCAAAGCACGUCUCCCCACUCUGGCCCUCUCGACAAUGACUCAUCCGAUGGGUUCAGCCCAGACAAGCUGGAUGAGAAGCUUCUCCGGUUGAGAUUUGACGACCCAUCGAGGGCAAGCCCACCAGUUCCAGGGCAAAGAGUAAUUGAUUAUGAAAAUGCCUUGAUAUAUCCCGGAAAUCGGCAUUCUUUUGGCUUCAAGGUCAUCAAACGGUCUGAGCCACGGACUGAUGGGGUGCAGCUUGAGGAUCUCCCCAAUGAGAUUCUUACGCACAUCCUUUCUCACCUCCACCCCGACUCUCAUAACACCGUUGCUCUCGUCUCGAAGCGAUUCUAUGCGCUGGUAACUACCCCACACGCCUGGCGCAUGGCGUUCCAGCGCUUCUUCCCAGGACACAGCAUUAUCAGCAAUAAGGUUUCGAAAAGGGGCGAUGAUGGACCGGAUGACCUGGAUUCUGAUGGUCUUCGAUCGGAUACCCGAUACUUCUCCAGGCUGACACCGUUGGCGACUUGGAGAAGUGAGUACUUGUUUCGCACCCGACUUCUCAGAAGCUUGGAGCGUGGCAAGCCUGGAGCGUUUGCCGCUGGGGCCGGGUCGUCAGGGCGAUCGAAACAAAACAUCAAGAAAACUACAGCUGUUUUGACUUAUAAUUCCAAGUUGCCAUGGGUUGUCUCUCAUCUUCAUGCUGUAUUUACUAAUGGGAAAAAACCUCCCCGGGCUAUCCAGGGUACAUCUGACCUUGGGGUUGGGACCGUCAGUGAUCCCACAACCGGAAAGAUCGAAAAAUGGGGAUUGGAAGCUCCCAAUACCUUCCCCCAGUUGGAGGAGGUGGUGCCAAACCUAGUACCGUAUGGCCUUGGGGAUGGCCCGGCUGGAGUUCCCAAUGUCAUGGAUGUUAGUCAACCCUAUGGCCUGCUUGCGGGUGAAGGGUUUCCUGGCGGUCGUGCCUUCUUCCGCGGAGCCAACGAGGCUAGUGGCCGUUACCUCGAGCCGGAUUCUGGAGUGGCAGACAGUUUUCUUGAUAUUCCCAGGAUCCCCGAGAUAACAGAGGCUAUCUCCUGCGUUUGGCUUGCCAAAUCCUCGGCUGUACCCACAGUCACCGAGUCGAUGGUUGGUAUGUUCGUUGGAUCUACCGCUGGAGUUGUGACGUCUUAUUCCCUUGGCUCGGACUCUGGUGGCCUUCGCUUUUCGAUGGGUGACAUGACGGGACGAUGGGCUCUCAGCCCGGGAGUCCCCAUCAUCUCGCUCAAAGUGGAUGAAAAUUACAGCAUCAAACGAAAGACUGCUAGCCGUGUUUGGGCCGUCGCCUUGAAUGCACUCGGAGAAGUCUAUUAUUUGACCGAAACCCCUAAAAGCACCAUAAACCGUGCCCAGGGUGAUGAUAUUGUCAGACAUGCCUGGCUCGCUGGUCGCACAGUCUUCUGGCAUCUCUUGGAAGAGACACGACGUACUGCCCGUCCCGACGAAUUGGACAAGAGCGAAUCUGAUGCCUCCUAUUCGCCCUACCCUCCUUCCGACUCAAUGCAGUUGGACAAGGAUCAAUUGAUAGCCAAAGCCCGGGAAGCCGAAAAGUUUAUGCAUUAUCAGCCCUCCCACUUCCUCAAGGUUUGCCAGGGCUGGGAUAUGCAACGCAGACUUGAGGUUGAUUUUGCUAAUGACUCUGGGGACGGCGUGGGGGAGAGCAUCUUCGUUAUUGACUGCGGCUUGACAGAGAGUCAGGCCCCUUGUGUCAAACGGCAUAUGCGGAUUUGUCCUUUCAAGACUGCAAAGACUCAUAUUGACAUUGAAACUCAACCUUCGGCCCCUAAGACAUCACUGUUUGGUCAUGUCAAUGGCGAGCAACAGCCCACUCCCUCGCCCUUGGAUUCGCAAUCACCUCUGUCACCACCUUCAACACCCCAGCCGCGCGCCAUCUCUCUUGUUUCUGAGCACGAGUGGAACACGCAAACUCUGGAACUCGGCAUUCAGACCAAUGCUACCAUUUCUACAAGCGCCCUUGAUUCUUCUCUUCAGUCAACUCACACGCUGGCGGAGGAUGCGCUGCAUGUAGCUGAUCAUCUCGCCAGCAUCCGUACGUCCUCGGACAUAAACCAAGCUAGUGUAGAGAUACCUGGUCGCCGCGCUCGUUUUAUCGCGAUUGGGACAAGCUCUGGAGAGGUUAUUGUCUGGAAUGCUCGUGACAACAACCGAAUCUCUCACAUCGCACCAAUUCGUAUGAUUCAAACUCAGUCCCCCGAGAUUUCAAGCCUGGGACUGUCAGCGCUUUAUCUCGUUCAUGGAGGCAGUGAUGGCCUUGUCCAAGUCUGGGAUCCCCUGGGUUCAACGGUAGAGGCCAUCAGGACGAUCAAUUCUAGACACAAUGGUCGAGUUCCGCGUCACAUGAUGGUCAUGAAUCCGGCCCUUGCGCACGAGAAUUACUCUGCUGCUGGCGCUAUCUUUCUUGACCCUGACCCGACCAUUUUAAGAGGCAUCGUUUCCUUUGGAGCCUUUAUGCGUUACUGGGCAUAUAGUUCAAAUGGUCACUUUGCUCAUAGAAAGCGUCGUCAUAGGCACUCCGACAUUCACGGACGUAUUGCCAGUCGCCGCCAGGGAGGCACAAGCUCCAGAUACAUUGCCGCCGAGGAAGCCGAGUUGAGAAUCGAAGAUGCGGAAAGGGCGAAGGAAAAGGCCCGAUUGCGUAAUAGGUUCGGAGUUGGAGCCCUCGGAGACUUGACAGAGGAGGAGGCACUUCUCUACGCCCAGCUCAUAUCCGAGGAAGCAUUUCACCAAGAAGAGCAAAUGCGAGCCAGUGAUUCUGCUGCUGAUACCAGUGUGGACACCGCAUCUUCUUUCAGCGGGGCAACAACUGAUACUGCCACCCCGGAGCCAAGCAUUGCUGGGCCCAGCCAGUCAGGAAACGGCCGUAUCAACGAGGAUGAUGAGUAUGAGCAGCAGAUACAGCAGGCGAUGCGUCUGUCUCUCCUUGAAAGUGGAAAUGACACUGCAGACUCUCCCCGCGGCAACAGCGCAGGUGAUUUCGAGUUCGCAAUCAAGUACAAGCCAAAGAACGGGAAGAAAACGAAGGCGUCUGGGUCAGGCUUUCUAUCGUCUACCCAGUCCCCUACCAAUGGCUUUGUUCUUGAUGGGGCAUCGACCAACCAAGACGAAGACGCUGAUCUCGCAAUUGCCCUCAGCCUGAGCAUGCAAGACCAGGCGUUGAUCACAUCGUCGACUGAGUUUGAGGACUACAGGGAAUCCGAAGAAUUCCCUGCUUUGGAGACGGAGGGUAUUGGGAAGGGGAAGGGCAUUCAGAGAUGGUGA